CCUUAUUUCUAUCUGUCAAAUAUAAAAGGGGGGCAGUGUUUAGUCUUCAGUGACUCGGUUCCAUCCUGACUGGGUGGAACUGCUCUGAACACUAACUGCCUGAUUUCCUGCAACAAUCAAUCCCACUGUUUCUAAUUGGACGUGGUAGCGCCCCCUCCUCCUCUUCCUCUGCUCUCCGGUUUAUUGUCACUGACAUUCGGAUUAUUCCCUCACAGCAGCAGCAGCAGCCUGCUCCUCAUCCUCCUCCUCGUCUCCUUCUCCUCCGUCCGACAAUGCGGGCACAAACUAAGGAUUUAUAAUUUCUCCUUCGUUUCCUCCUCGUCUGCACGGUCUCGUUCCAGGAAUGCCACGCCCACAGAUCUGAGCAGCAGAGAAGAGAAGCCGGAGUAAGGAUAGAUCCCACCCCUGACGCCAGCUCCGCCCGUACAGCCCCUCCGUCCGAACCCGACCUCCCCUUCCCCCUCUCGCAGCUCCAGGGCUCUCUGAGGGUUCCUUUCCGGGUUCUCCAAAGGGUUCUCUGUGGUGUUCUGUAGAGCUCCAUACGCCUCGGGGCCUCAGACCUUCAUGCGUCUCCCAGCAGCAGAGUCCACCCACACCUCCACCCACCACACCACCACCUCCUCUACCAUGAGCUGUGAACAGGAGUUUGGAGACGGCGCUAUGGGAGUCACGCUCACACUGCGCCUCCUCAUGCAUGGAAAGGAAGUAGGAAGCAUCAUCGGAAAGAAAGGAGAAACGGUGAAGAGAAUACGAGAAGAGAGCAGCGCAAGGAUCAACAUCUCAGAGGGUUCCUGUCCAGAGAGGAUCAUCACCAUCACAGGGCCGACAGACUGUGUGUUCAGGGCCUUCACCAUGAUCACGUUCAAACUGGAGGAGGACCUGAUGGCCUUGGUAGCCAACGGCACUGUGACCAGCAAGCCUCCCGUCACUUUACGGCUGGUCAUCCCAGCGAGCCAGUGCGGUUCCCUCAUCGGCAAAGGCGGGUCUAAGAUCAAGGAGAUCAGAGAGACAACAGGUGCGCAGGUUCAAGUGGCAGGUGACCUCCUCCCCAACUCCACAGAGAGAGAAGUGACGAUAUCAGGGAGCCAGGACGCCAUCAUCCAGUGUGUUAAACUCAUCUGCACUGUAAUCCUAGAGUCUCCACCAAAAGGAGCGACUAUUCCAUACCGACCCAGCCCGACUCCGGGAACUGUACUGCUGGCAGGAAACCAGGUGUUCGAGGCUUCAGACUUUGGCUCUCACCCCCUGUUCUCAGUGGCACAGGGAGGAGUGGACCUGCAGCAAACGUAUGCAGUACAGAGCCACUACGGCAUUCCUCAUUCAGAGUUAGCAAAGCUGCACCAGUUGUCGAUGCAGCAGCAAGGCCUGGCCCCCAUCAGCCAGUCAGCUACACAAGUACUGCCUGGAGGGGUGGAGGCUAAUUCCCAAACCACAUCUCAGGAGCUGCUCAUUCCCAACGAUCUGAUUGGCUCAAUCAUCGGCCGCCAGGGCACCAAGAUAAACGAGAUCCGGCAGGUAUCGGGGGCUCAGAUCAAGAUCGGCAGUCAGAUCGACAGCACCAGCGACCGCCACGUCACCAUCAGCGGCACGCCGAUCGCCAUCAACCUGGCUCAGUAUUUAAUCACUUCAUGUUUAGAGACCGCCAAAUCCACCGCCCAGUCCUCCUCCAUGCCGUCUCCCGUUGAUCUGACCAUGAGCUUCACCCAGCCCGCCCCCCUGCCUCCGCCUCGUCCUCCUCUCCUCCCCCUGGCAGCGAUGGGCGCCGCACUGCCCCACGCUCCAAUCCUGGGCGCUCCCUACGCUCCCCUCUCCAGCCUCCUGGGAGUGAAAUCCAUCCCCUACCUGGCACUCUCCACCCCUCCCGCCUCAGCAGCGGCAGCGGCGGCGGCGGCCGCAGCGGCCAUCGGGGCUCCAGUGCUACCGGCCUCAGUGCAGACAGCAGCGGCGACGGCAGCCGUUCCGGUUCCGGCUCAUGCGGCAGCAGCCCUGGCGUCCUACACGGCCAAGAUCUCGUCCUCAGCCAAUGGAAUGAAGAAGCCGGAGAGACAGAAGUUUGCGCCGUACUAAACAAAGAGGUAGCUCCUGGCCGGGUUUAGACGUUAAGGGCCGUUUUUGUUUUUUCUUUCAGCACAUUACUCAUUCACUUGUUUGCCUCUCCACCUCUUCUUCUUCUUCUUCUUCUUUUUCUGACUGCCUAAAAGAAUCAAAGUGGGAUCGUUGGAACAUGAAUGAUGUUGAAUCAUCCAUCAAAGGUGUGCACGGCAGCAAACAGGGUUUUCUCUUUGGCCGUGGGGUUAGUGACGUCAAAAGUUUAAAGUUUGCAGUUCAGCUAACCGUGACUCUGCGCUGCGGUCGUAACCAAACCCUAAACCAGGGGCACAGCAGGUUCGUGUCUUGGACAAGUUUUUGUUCCAUCACGUCUUCACAUUGCGAGCAGUUCAGAGUGUUUAGUCUGUGCCAGGUCUUUUAUUUUGGACCCAGCUCUUUACCGGCCGUCUUGUGUCCGACUUCCUGCCCUCCUCAUAUGCUUUCUGCAGCUUGAUGUGGCUUCUGUCAAGAAAUAAAAAGACCUGGUGCUAUUCUGAGUGAUGUGGAGCAGAGACCUGCUUCUCGGACAAUUGUGAAACACUCCACGGUGGAUUUACUGGGAUUGCAGUCAUUGUCCUGAGUGAGGAGUAGUGAGGAGUAGCUCUGGUUGCUACCCUGGUAUUGGAACAUUGUGCAACCAGGUUGGGUGUAUUCCCAGGGUAAACCGAUUUGACAAAAACCACGACUGAGGGUCUUACUUACCAUCAUAAAAAGAUCAGGAGGACGACGUCUCUCAGCAGAUUUCACCCAGUUUCCCUCAGCACUGAUGACUUGCAUGUCAGACAGCAUGUUUUUGCAAUUAGACCAAAACCAACUGCCAAACAUGACGUAUGUGUAAGUUUGCAAACAGUGUCAUGUUACCAAGGUGACAAUGCACCAACAACAUCACUUUUAAAAAUAUAACUGAGCACUAAUGCAAAGGCUAACUCAACUACACCUCGAACUAAUAGGAAAAAUCCCCAAAACAGAGCCGCAUGCUCCCUGUAAAUUCAAGUUUCUUAUUGAAUCAUAAACGUCAAAUAAUUAACUCAGAACCUGCCGAGGGACUCUGACAGACUACAGCGGCUCCAGUCACGGCUUUCAGAAAUCAAAUAAAGGAGGAUUUCUGAUUUUCAUGCAGAAAUCCGUCUCAGCUCCACAGAGUGGGAAAUAAAUUACAGAAAAACAAAUACAGGAUGACGAAUAACACUCUUCACCUUGCUUCUUUAACCUUUUUAUAUAUGCGUCUAUCCAACAGCUUUUUCUUUCUUUGAGUAGCACUUUUAAAAACAAAGUUUCAGAACCUUUGAACACCUCAAAGCGAGGGGUGUAGGACCAGAAUGAAAAACACCAAAAGCAAAAUAGGACAAUCCUGUACAGCAGCUCUCUAAGGCUGAUGGCUCACCACGUACAAACGACUCAGGGUCAAUGGCUCCUCAAUACUUCACCUGUCACUCAAACACAGACACAGCUGGAAAAAGUUCAGGAAAAUAAUUUUGCUAGACACUUACACACUCAGACAAACCUAUGGAUGCUUUAAUGUCUCUGUCCCAGCCCGGAUCCUGGACAAGCCCCCAAACGUUAGUUUUCCCAGUGGAUGGAGGCAAGUAAACUCAGUUUUUUGGUGUUAUUUUAAUAGAAAACCAAGCAAAGAUGAUAGAAAAGUGCAAACUUUAAAUUCAUCCACUGAUUGUUUGUGGGCACCACUGCAGAAGCAGAACUUUUACUUCAAAUACUUUAGAUGUGAUAAUACUUGUGUAAUUUUACUUUGCAUGGAUUUUGAAAGCGAGACUCUUACUUGGCUCAUCGUUAUUCCACAUCCCACCACAUAAAAACAGCUUUAAGGAUGCUCCAGUCUGCUCCUUGAUGUGGAAGUGUUCUUCAUGCUGUUAAAUAAUCUGAGACAUUAAAAGAAAUUCAUCUAUUUGUCUGAUUUUUAAAUUAAAAGUCAGGAUCAGCAGGUCUGAGUCAUCAUUUUCCAACAAUCCCACUUCUAAAAGUCCAUCCCAACUUUUUGCAGCUCGGCCCUUUUCCGAGUUCAGAGAGUUGGUGGGCGUUUGCAGCCGCUGAUAUUUAAGGUCAUUUGGGCCACAAAGCCUGUAAAAGCCAUAGAGACUAUUCUGCUUUCCCCUCCUCGUCUGUGUCCUGCUCUUUUUGUCCCCCGCUCUUUGUCCUAUUGUAUACUCGCAUAUUUAUUAACUAUUGUGGAAUAUUCCCUCAGAGUUUAUAAUCACUGGUCACUAACACUGAGCUGAAAACUCUGCUUUUGUAUACAAUGAUGUCGACUUGUAAAUGACUAUUUUGCGUUUGCUUCCUGUCUGGUUUUUCCUUCAGUAUUUGUUGUAUAGAGUUUUUUUUAAGACAUACAACAGAUUUAAAAAGUUUUUUUUGUUUUUUGCAUCUGUUCUCUUUCAAAAUGUGUUGUUUAAAUUAUUUUUUAACUUAUUGAGAGGAGUAUUACAGUUUUAGAAGAGUUCAUUUCCCAACAUGGCUGCAGGUGAAGACUGUAAAACUGUAUUUUAGUUUCUGUACGUUCUGUGUUUUAGUGUGAACAAAACUGAUUAUUUUCUUUUUGGGGGAUAAAAAAAUAUCACUGUACCAUUAUUGCUAAUAACCGGGUGUUUUUGUUAGAAGAGUAGUGUUUUCACUUGUGAGCUCAAACUGGCCAUUUUAUCACUCUCUCUCUCUCUCACACACACACACACACACACACACACACACUUUCUAACUGGGAUAUGUGUUUGUAAAUGUCUGCCCUGCUUCUCAACUUUCAGCAUCCACAGAACUAGAAUAAAAGAACUGGUUUUUAAAAUUGGAAAUCUUUGAACGUGUACAGUGAGGAGCUUUGGAAAAGCCAGUUUCUGAUAGCCAGACGUUUGAAGUAAUUACUGGGUGAGUACCACAGAUCGAUAAUCCUGGCAGCUCUAAGCAGAUAUAUCGGGGACACGCUCUGAUAAGGAGGCCAAAAUCCAGCUCGGCUCCAGGAGUCGAUCCAUCCGUCAGAAAGUACCGAGUCAACAUUUUGUCACAUGCAGUUGAGUUUUAAGUGGACCUGUUGUGUGCUUUUGCUCAUCUCCUGUUCCUGUGAUGGAUGCUUCUAGUAAAUAUGACCAGAGUCUCUAAUGAUGAGCUCAGUAUGAGUACAAGUGUAUCUAAUCCCUGUGGGCCAAAAGCUCACGCUCAGAGUGCUCUGAACACUCUUGGCUCUCUGUGAUGUCAUCAAGAGGUGAUGUCCCUAAUGUAGUCAUCUAGCAGUAACCUGUCUGUGAUUAUUAGAAGAAAGAUGGCUUGAAGGGGGAGGAGAAGUGCAUCGUGAUUUUAAACUCCAGUAGACAACAGAGCACCGUGAACAGACUGAGCUCCCGUUUUUUGCUUUGUGUUUUUAUUCUUGGACUCUGCUAGACUAGCUUUGCAUGAUUCAUAGUUCAAAAUAAUCCUGGUUUACUUCAUACUUAGUGCAUCACCUCAGCUCAUCAACUGUCUGUGUUAGCUCCUCUCCCAUUGGUUGCCCCUCUGAAACAGAAUGUGUGAACAGACCAUGUAAGGACACAUCCCUCUAUGACAUCACAGAGAGCCGAAACAGAGUUCAUGGCAGUCUGCAGCCGAGCUGUGGGCUCACAGAGAUUACUGUCCAUACACUGACCUCAUUAAUAGAAACUGAUCGUGUUUGAAUGAACGCCCGCCUCUGGAACAGAAGUAUAUGAGAGAGAAAGAAGAUUUUACCAAAUCUGAAUUCUGAAUCUGGAUCAAGAAGUUGGAACAGAUUCCUUCGUGUAUUACAGUGUUACCCCUGAGAACAGCUUCCUGUUGUAACCAAAACAUCAUCAGAGCCGAGUCAGAGUAAAGAUGCUAUGCUGGCUGUGAGGUUCUCUACAACGAGCAGGCGUGUUAUAGACAAACUUCUGAUUAAAGCAGAAGUCGCGUUAGUUUUAAGUUAGUUUUAAGUCUGCAGACGCGUUUCCAGGAAGCUAAUCAGUACCAAUGACCAAAAAUAUAAAAGUGUAAGGUCAUCAUCCACAAACAUUUAGAUGAUCAGAGGCUGUUUAUCAGAGAUGGACGUAGCCACCUGAAGCUGAAUGUUUUCACCAAGUCGGUGUUUUUAAACCGGAUAGUUUAACAUUGGUCUGGACACCAGUUUAAAAUGAGCAUCAUGUGUUAAAUCCCAUUUCAGACUAAUGUUCAGGCCAUCGACUCGUUGGGGAAGUCUGAAGUCACAACAAUAUGAGAGCAGUCGCCCCCUGCUGGACGUUAGAUGGUGCAGGUUUACGGUGCAUCUUUUAUGCUAGUCUGUGGCAGCGGCUGAUGAGAUCUGUUAGAAAUGUGUGAGUGUGCUUUUUGUAGUUCUGUGGCAGAGCUUGUGCAAUUUUUAAAAAGUUUAUUUAAUUUUAAUUUAUUUUGUUCAGAUUAAACUGACGCCCAGAGUGUCAGAGACUAAUGCUGCAUGUUUGAUUGGCCUCACUAACACGCACACAAACAUGUAAAUACACGCAAAUAUGACCAUGAAAUUAGUGUAACACACACACACACACACACACACACAGGCCUCGGUCUUUGCACUGGCAGUGUGAACUCAAAGCAAUACUAAACAGAGCCGUAUGAGUAGCUACACAUUGCAGAGCAACAGCAGCGGCUAAUCUGGGUGUGUGUACUUUCCAGCUGUAACAAAUACAUUAACGUUCAACUCGAUGGGGUGUUGGCGCUUCUCUGUUCCUUCUGUUUGUUUCUAAAAAGACUGACGACGAUGAUGAUGCUGUGGUAUAUUUAACAAGCUCACUUAUUUUUAUAAAUAAUGUUGAUGAACUGAACUGUGGACACCCGUCUCCUCACAUCCAUCCUCUCUAUACUCACUUUUCUUUUUUCUUUAACUUUUGUCGUUCUUGCUUUUCAUCGUCCACGUGUCUUUCAUCCAUUUGCAUGAGUCUGACUUGAAUUGAUGUCUAUGCAAACUCAUCUCUGUGCGGUUCAGCUCUGAACCCCGCGUGGGUUCACACGGACGCCGUGCUGGUGGCGUGCAGCUGAAGUGAAAGGGCUACAGUGGACCACGGCUCUGACUGGCAACGCACCCGCCCUGAAGAGUAACUGACAGACUCUGGUACUCUGAAUGAUGUCUGGAGGGGUUCUUUACAUUUGGGGCACCAAGCAGAAGUAGACGAGGGAUGUGCAACCAUCAGUGGAAAUUGCAGCUGGUCCAGGGGCCAUUUUUUCUGGGAAAAACAGGAAAUAUUCCUCAAUGCACCGUAAACAAGGCGGAAUCACAAAGUUCUGAGAACAUGAAAUUCGUGAACCGCCCUCGUUUUGAAUUUGAGAUCUUUAAGAUCAUCUUCUCGGGCCUGUGCAGGCAGCUGCAGACCUCAAACUUCAGCUUCACUUUGAAACUGAAGUGAAUUUCACGUCGAGGAUCAUCGCUGGUGAUGAACGCAGGCUCUGCGGCUUUGAGCGAGCACUUUCAGGUUAAACCAGGAGGAGGAUUUUUUCCCUUUUGUUCCCUUCAGAAUUCACUCUGAAUUAGUUCCCCAGAGUGAGACCAUCCACGCAGGCGUCUGCUGCAGAGGGAACACAAACAGGUGCUCUGCUGCCAUUUUGGCUUUUGCUCACGUCCUGGAUCUCUCACCAAAUUCGGCUUGUUCCGACACGUGUGAGGAGAUCCAGCAGAGACCCGGUGAAAGGGGACAGAGAAGAUGACUCGCCCAAUCUAAAUCAUGUAGCACUUUUCAUUUUCACGGACCUGUUCUCAGAACUUUCUGAUCACCACACUGAAAGUGUAGAGAGUCCCCGUCAUAGUUAGCCCAUAAUAUCUCCUGCAUGCUUGUUUACUCCACUGGUUUUGACAUUUUUAAUAAUUUAGUACAGUCACUUUGGUUCCUGUCAGUACAAAUGUGUACAAAUAUUAAGGAAAAUCCCUUGAAGAAUGCACUGAUAUGAGCACAUGCACAGUCCCUGUCUGUGUCCAAAUCUGCUCUAAAGUAAGAAUUUUAACCACUUUCAUUUAAAGAUGCACAAACUUUCAUUUUUUUAAAUUGGAUCCUCAUAUUUCCUCAUCAACCAAAAAUUAUUCCAUUUGCAUGAAUAUGAAUCAGCUUUUGGCCCAUAACAAUAAAAACACCCUCCAGACAUCAUUUUAAGACACAUUAAAAGAGACUGAGCUGAAGAAUAAUUUGUGCCAGAUUAAUUUUUCCUUUAACAAAAUUUUUGCAGUAAUAAUUAAAAACAUGUUUUGGAAGAACAUUAGGAGCAGACGUGUUGAGUCCUGGAAUCUUAAACACAAAGAUCAGAAUCCACAGCAGCUCCUUAAAUUAACUUUUGGACUUAAAAAAAAAAAAGAGAUUUAUUUUCAGGAUCACCAACGCAGAUUUUAGCCGAGCAUCCAUCCUUUUAGGGAGACUUAAUUCCACCUCUGCUCUGAAGUGAACAUUAACAACACAUUCUUUAUGAAAACAUAUUUUUCACUCUUAUUAAAAUUCAAAGUCUGUAACGUUUUCUGGAGAGAAAAAUCACACGUCGUCAAGUCGCCUGGGAAACAAAAACAGAGUCACGUUAUUGCUCUUCGGGGUGAAUGCGUUGGACAUUCAGACCAUGGAGGCGGACGUUCCUGCGACGUUCUCCGAGACUUUGACGAACACGGAGAUGAAGCUCGCUUCGUAAAGACGCUCUCAUUGGAGGCUGUACGACAAACAUACACACACGGCGACACGCUCGCUCACCCUGAACCCACGGCUGAACGGUUAUGAAUAUUGUAUUGCACUCGAACAUGAAAAAUCCAUUAUGACGACAUAUUCUUCCAUCUUUUUGGUUUUCAUUUCUGCUUCCUGUAAAGACGGGGACGUUUUGCUCUUUGUAUAUCAGCCUGAUGUGUUUGUGACUGUUUUCUUUCCAUUCAUGCCAUGUUCUAAUAAAUUAAACCCACACUGAA